AUGAAUACAACGAGAGUUGAUAAUACACAAAAUCCAGUACAAAAGAUUGAAUUAACUUCUAGAAGUAUUGAAAAUGCUCUAAUAUUGGAUAAUAAUUCGCCAAGACUGUUAGAUUUUAUGAAUAUAAAUUCCCAAAGUGGAUCUACAGCUAGUGGUUUUGCAGAUCAUGACUAUCCAACUAUCAGUGGAGUAUCACAAGUUAUCAACAAUAUGACACAAGUUAAAUGUGUUAAUAGCAUUCCUUUACCAACGGAAAUUGUUGACCAUUUUUCACGGGUCCAAUGCCAUUGCAUGAUGGGUCUCUUUUGUGAAAUCAGUAGAGCUUGGCUUACUGUGGAUAGUGAUAUUUAUGUAUGGACUUACGAACAAAAUACUGAUUUAGCAUACUUUGAUGGAAUAAGUGAGACCAUUGUUUGUGUUGGUCUAGUAAAGCCGAAAGUAGGGGUCUUCCAUGCUUUUAUAAAGUAUCUUCUUAUCUUGGCAACUUCAGUUGAUAUUGUGGUUUUGGGUGUAACUUUUACUGAGAAACCAGGUGAUACCACAGAGGAAAUUCAGUUGAUACCAGACCCAGUUUUUAGUUUACCAACUGAUGGUGCUACUGUUACUAUCAUCAGUAGUACUAAUGAUGGAAGAAUUUUUUAUGGCACAAAAGAGGGAAAGCUCUUUGAAAUAUACUAUCAAGCAGAAAGUGGUUGGUUUGGGCAAAGAUGUAAAAAGGUAAACUUGUCUACAAGUACCCUAUCUUUUCUAGUUCCUUCAUUUUUAAAUGCUGCCCUUAGUGAAGAAGAUGGAAUUUGUCAGAUUUCAAUAGACGAGAGUCGGCAUAUAUUGUACACCUUAACAGAAAAAGGAACUAUAGAAGUUUGUGAUUUGGGUGAAAAAGGAAAUACCUUUUCAAGGAUAGCAAAAUUGGGCCAAAAUACUCUAGUAAACCAAGCUAUGAAUACUGUAAAAACUUUAGAUAGUCAAAACUUUAGACCAAUAGUCAGUAUAUCAGCUAUUGAAGCCACAGAAUCUGCCAACUUGAAUCUAGUUGCUGUAUCCCAAACAGGAGUUCGAUUUUACCUAACAGUAGUUAGUCUCUCCAAUAUGCAACCAAACCAGAGACCAUAUACUCUAACUUUAGCUCAUGUACGUCUACCACCAGGAUAUUCGGCCAAUAUAACUGUAAGACCUAGAGCUGUACAUGUGUCGCAUUAUAGCGACAGAAAUUUGGUACUGAUUUCGACUGUUAAUGACAAAGAUGUGCUUUGGUGCAUGAGUUCAGAUAUGUUUCCCUUUGGUCAGACUUUGAUGGAGGCUUAUAGUGUUGUAAAUCUGGAUGGACCAGCAUUAGCUAUAUCAGAGGUACGGCAUCCAACUCCUUUACCAUUACCAUCAAACCAAGAAGCGCCACCUCUGGUUGUCAGACAACAUGCGGAACCACCUAAGAAAUAUGUGGUCCUAACAUCUCACAGUGUCCAGAUCUUUAUUAAACUGAGGCCAGUUGAUAUUCUCAAUCAGAUACUUAGAGAUAGUCAAGGUUUAGACACAGAAGCGCUUAAGACGUUUUUUACGAUUCAAAAAGAGGACCAAGCUUGCGCGACUUGUUUGAUUCUGGCUUCUUUAGAGAGUGAUGAGAACGUUGAAGUUGCAGAAUAUGCCACAAGGGCUUUCUUUUUGUAUGGUGGAGAACCUAAACUGGCGCCAGCCAAUUUAUAUGCCGGACCCAGCGUAUUUGCUCCUCAAAUAAUAUCAACACCUGCUCCACACCAAUACCAGUCUCAGCAGUUCCAAACCGCUCAACACUUUCAGCCUAAUAUGUCACAAACACUGCCAACAGUGCCAAAUACUACCGGAUAUGAAUUCACCGGUCCAUUUGUUUUUUCGGCGAAACAUAAUAGUUUAUAUUUGUAUUUAAGUAGAAUAUUGCGACCAGUUUGGAACUUGAGAACGGUUGAUAAACUUUCUGUUGAUGGAAAGGUUUCUACAACAUACAGUACCGUUUCCAGUGAUGACUGCAUAUUUAUUCUUAAUAAUCUAACUGCUCUCCAUAAUUUCCUAGCACGAAAUACACAACUAUCAACCGUUAGCAAGAACCAAAAUCAAUUCCAGAAUACUACACUUAAUAAUACAUCUUUAAAUAUGACGAGAAUGAACCAUACAGUGCAAGACGCCCAAAUGGAAGAAAAAGCAUCACUGAAUUCUUUCAAAAUUCUUGUUUCGCUUUGUUGUCAAAUAUUGGGUUUAUGGCGAAUCCUGUGUGAACAUCAAUUUCAUUCAUUGGUGGCGUCUCUUACGGAAAACGAACAGCAAAUCCUCGUCAAUACAACUUUUAAAGACUUGUUCCUUUACAGACAUGACAUUUGUUCGUCGUUGAUAUCAGCUCUGGUUCAAACCUAUCUCGGAGACAACGCCUCUGUCGACUCAAUCAGCAGCAAAUUGAGAGAAGUUUGUCCACAGUUGUAUAAAACCGAAGAUAUGGCAUAUUCAAAGGCAAUCGAAAUCCUAAAAUCUGCUCGAACAAUACAAAAUGUCGGAGAAAAAGAAGAAUUGCUUAAUUCAGCAUUACAAAUUUGUAAAUCUAUCGGACCGAAUUUGAACAUAGGUGAUGUGUGUAAAGAAUUCUGUAAUCUUAAAGGAUAUAAAGCCGUAACUGAAUUAUGUUGUCAUUAUGCCUCAAAAUUAGACCCAGAAAAUAUUGCGGAGAUAUAUUACAAUGCACCGGAUAGCACUGGAGACCAGGAAGGUUAUAAUUACUAUCAAAACAGAAUGGAAAUUUAUAGGCAUCUAUUGAAUAUGUUAAAUUCCAUGUAUCAGGAACUUAAUGUAACUCCAGUACCGUGCCUCAACUACGACCUCGAUUUUUCAGUAACUCAAUCAAUUUUGACAGACACCCCAGCACAGUCACAAAUUGGUUAUAUGAUGAAACAAGUGAUCACCGAUAUUUUGGAAACUCCCGAUCAAAUAAUGCAUAUAACCUUAUACGAUUGGCUAAUAUCUAAAAAUAUGACUGGAGAUUUACUAACAAUUAACAACGAUUCCUUGGAGACAUAUCUUAAAAGAACAGCAGCUCAAAAUCCAAAUGAUACUGUUGCUUUGGACCUUCUAUGGAAAUUCUAUGAACAUCGCAAUGACCAUGCUGCUGCAGCUAAAGUUCUUAAUAGCCUGGCAUCAAGAAGUGGUAUUAACAUUCCUCUAAAAGAAAGAUUGGCCUACUUAGCCCGAUCCAUAAUGUGUAUGAGAAGCGACAAAAUAGGAUAUGCGCCAUAUUUAGGUGUCUUCCUGAGAGAUUUGGAGGAUAAAUUAGAAGUGGCCAAGGUACAAGAACAAAUUCUAGAAGCCGUUAUGAACCAACAAAAUCAAAUCGAAAAUUAUGGAGACAUUGUUGCAGCUCUGAAUUCUGGACUUUUUGAAAUAUCACAGCUGUACGAAAAUUUCGCUGAGCCUUUCAAACUUCUCGAAUGUCAGCUGGCCAUUAUUGAUUGUGCCGGAUAUACCGAUCCAGCGUUAAUAGAAACUAUAUGGCAACAAAUAUUGACCGACGAGCUAAAGAAGACUACCGGAACUGGAACAGACAAAGUAUGUCAAUUAUUAAACAAAGUCAAACAUUUAGCCAAAAAUUAUGCUAAAUCAAUGAACUGUUUUCCUUUAGAUUAUAUUAUCUAUGAGUUAGAAAUAGUGAAUGCAAAGUUAAGAGGCGAUAGACAACUAGUACCUACAGCUCUUGAGAGUAUGAAUAUUCCGUUUGAUAGUCUCAUCACUGUUUAUAAUAAUUUAAAUACCAUAUCUGGAAACGACCAUUUCUGGCAAUUGGAAGAAAAUGAAUUUCAUCUUUCUGAAGCUACAGCUACUCUAAUCAGCUGUUUCAUUAGUAACCAAGAUUCGUACAGCAGUAUAGAAAAGAGAAAAUACACAUCCCUAUCUCAAGACACCGUUGUUGCAUUGCUGUCCAAUUUAUACAGCAAACCUAAUACAGAAGCGAUAGUUAAUAAGUUACGAAAUAUUCAGGCCAGGGAUAUUAAAAAUCAGACCAUGGCGAACGUCACUAUCCAACAGAAUGGCGAGGAAUCUUGGUGCAGGUCAGGAUACACAAAGGAUUGUCAAGCAAAAGAUGAUGGUGAUGAUUGUUUUUUUGUCUUUUAUUUAUAUGAAUUAUGAUGGAUUUAGUUCCUAUUGGAUAUCUUAA